GUAAAUAAAAAUGAAGUUAAGGCUGUUGAAUAUGUGUCUUUAGAUGAGUUAUACCAAAGAUUUAAAGAUCCUGGUGAUUGGAAAUUUACUCCCUGGUUUAAACUUAUAUCAGAAAAAUUCCUUUUUACUUGGUGGAAAAAUUUGGAUAAUAUCAAGUCUAAUAAAGAUGAAAAAAUACAUAAAUUAGGAUUUGAUAAUUUAUAA